AUGGCAAUGGUUUCAAUGGGUGUCUUGGAUGCCCAGGACUAUGGACUGCCACAGCGCCGCCGGCGCCUCUGGAUAGUUGGAGUGAACACCAAUGCAGCGAAAGGAAAAUUUACUUGGCCCAAGCCUAUCCGGAAGAAAGUCAAGCUGAGUGAGGUGCUGGGAAGGAAAAGCAACGAUAUGGAAUUUCCAUCUUCGAGUGGUGGUAGGAAAAGGUUGCGAGAGGGCCUGCGGAAUCUGGUUCGAAACAACGAAGAUGCUGAAGAAUGCUGGGUGAUUGACUGCGCUGCCAGCAGGAAGUUUGCUGGAAAACCGAGCUUUGAAGUGAGCCCAACCCUGACCCGUGCUCGUGGUGGUGCGGAAUCCUUUUGGGUGACCAGCCACAAUCGCUUCAUGACCCUUGAGGAGAAAGCUCUGGUGCAGGGAUGGAAGCCAAUGAGCCUCAAGCCCGAUGAUCUUUCAGCAAGGGAGCUGGGGAUGGCUCUAGGAAAUGCUUGGCCACUUUCCGUAUCAGCAAAGCUGAUUGAACAGUUGAACAAAUGUAUGGGCUGGCAGCCGAAGGACUGA